AUGGAGACAGCACGGACAAAUGGAACCACAGGAAAGCAAGAGGAGGCGAAGACCACAAUCUCCCCUAAGAAGGAGGGAGAAGAUGGGAAGCACUCUACCAGCCCAAAUCGGGGAGACAAAGAUGCCAGUAGGAACAAUGUCAGUCCCUCGCUGGAGGCGGGCCAGCUCAAAAAUUCAGUAUACCCUGGGGGUGACUGGAAGAGGCCAAUCAUUCAGUUUGUUGAAUCAUCUGAUGAGAAGAGGUCAACUUACUUCAAUAUGGAUGCAGGAGAAGCCAAAAAGUCUCUUUUCCCCUCCAUCCAGCUGGGGGAAACCCGGAGAUCCCAGAUUUCAUUCCCAGAAAGAGGAGAUCUGAGGAAGCCGCUAUUCAACAUUGCAGAUUUAAGGAAACCUGCUAUCUCCCUCGGGGAAUCUGGGGAUGUCAAGAGAACCAAUUUCAACAGGGUCAGCAGAACGUCCAGCGCAAGGCCCCGUGUGAAUCUGGAAGAAGUCCUUUGUGACUCCUGCAUAGACAACAAGCAGAAGGCGGUGAAGUCCUGCCUGGUGUGCCAAGCUAGCUUCUGUGAGCUGCAUCUGAAGCCCCACUUGGAGGGGGCUGCUUUCCGAGAUCACCAGCUUCUGGAUCCCAUCAAGGACUUUGAAGCCAGAAAAUGUCCUAUCCAUGGCAAGACGAUGGAGCUGUUUUGCCAGACAGACCAGGUCUGCAUCUGUUAUCUCUGCAUGUUCCAGGAGCACAAGAACCAUACAACGGUGACAGUUGAGAUUGAGAAAUCUGGAAAGGAGACUGAGCUUUCUCUGCAAAAGGAGCAGCUGCAGCUCAAGAUCAUCGAGCUUGAAGAUGAGGUGGAUAAGUGGCAGAAAGAGAGGGAUCGUAUCAAGAACUUUACUACUAAUGAGAAAGCCACAGUAGACCAGCAUUUCAAAGAGCUGGUGCGUGACCUGGAGAAACAGCGUGAUGAAGUGAAGGCUGGCCUGGACCACAGGGAGAAGGUGGCUGUGGAGAACAUCAAGGAGAUUGUGGAGGAGCUGGAAGAGAGAGCCAAGCUAUUGCAAGAGGACAAAGAGACAAGGGAGCAAAUAGGCCAGAUCAGUGACUCUGUGCUCUUCCUCCAGGAAUUCGGAGCCAUGAUGAGGAAUUACACCAUCCCUCCCUCUCUGCCUACGUACAGCAUCCUGCUCGAGGGCGAGAACAUGAGCCCUGCCAUGGGGCUGCUUAGAGACGACCUCCUGAAUGUGUGCAUGAGGCACGUUGAGAAGAUCUGCAAGGCAGACCUCAGCAGGAGCUUCAUUGAGAGGAACCACAUGGAGAAUGGUGACCAUCGCUUCAUGAUGAACAACUACUCUGAAUGGAACCAGCCUGACAGCUUGAAGAGAUUUUCCAUGUUCUUGACUCCAAAAGGAGGCAACUACAACACCAGAGCCUGGGAAUUUUCUUCCAUGCAGACUACAGAGGAGUCACUUUCGUCGGGGAACUCUGCCUUCUCCCUGAAAGCUUACCCUGCAAUCGUGAGGCACCAAACUGCAAAGGCCCAGCCUCAGACAUGGAAGUCCUCCAAACAGAGCAUGCUGUCUCACUACCGUCCCUUCUACGUCAACAAGGGCAAUGGAAUCACCUCCAACGAAGCACCGUGAUCCCGGAGGUGUCCAGGAAGAUCCAUUCACGCUGGGAGAGGAGGCAGAAGCAAGAACUUUCCCACAUCAC